ACAGUGAACACAGUUGCACAGUUUACUGCUAUUAGGAUUUUCAACAUCAUUUGGAGGUUAACUCCGUUUUUGUUUACUUGGAAAAUUGAAUUAAUUGUUGUAAUAGCAUUUAGUGUGUGUUUACUGAUAUAUUAGACUUAACAUUUAACAUUAAUAGUUUGUAUAAUUUUCAGCUGAAAAGUUUGUGUUUUUGAAAUAGAAUUAGCAAAAUGGCAUCAUUUUCUGUGCCUUCUGUUACUGAAGGUUCUGAUAUUGGUAUAGAGUAUUAUUGUACAGUUUGCAAAGAGGAGCAACAUAUUUAUAUAGACGCAGAUUUCUAUUGUAAAAAUUGUGUAAAGUUUUUCUGUAAAACAUGUAUUAAUUCCCAUACACAUGGUGGCUGGCGAGCUUUGUUUAAACCAUCUCCCUAUGGAAAGGAUAAAAUAAUGAAGUGGCCACUUUCUGAGAAGAUGGAGAAGCUUCUUAGGACAUGUGACUUACACAAGGAUGGAACAUUAACAUUGUACUGCCCGGACCACAGUCAGCUUUGCUGCUCAAGAUGUAUUGAACCUAAGCACAGACUGUGCUUUCAAGUUACCUCAAUACUUCAGGCUUCCAAAAUGAAAUCAACCAAAAUAAAAAAACUUUCUGUCAGAACACAAAAUACUCUUUUGCACGUGGCACAGUUUGAGACCUACCAGGAGGACAGAAUGAGGUCUCUUAAGGUUUCAUACAAUGAACAUGAGAAAGAUAUGGUGGAGGGCAUGCGUCUGAAUAUAAAAACAUUUUUACACAUGUGUGAAAACAGUACAGUGAAUGAAACACAUGAGCAAAACAAAUUUUAUGACAUUCGUGAGAAAAUCAUCUCUAUAUUAGUUGAUUUUGAGAAAAGCACUGUUAAGGAAAAAAAAGAAGAGCUGAAGCUUAAGCAAGCUCCUCUCAUGAGUGUGAGAAACAGCUGCGUCAGGCUUCACGAUGAAUUAUUACAACUCCAUUACGCCAUACAGAAAGUACUGGGUAGACAUGAACUCUCUUUUAUUGCCAGAAAAAAAUGUCAGGAAAAAAUACAACAGUCUGAUACAUUUACCAAAGAGAACUUUCCAAACUAUGUGUUCUCUGUGAAUGGGAAGACUGUGCACAAUGUGAAAAUGCCAAGUGAUUCAGACACAUGCUGGAUCGAAGCAGUAUGUGCUCUCCCAGAUGGACAGGUUUUGGUUGCAGACAGCAAUAAUUAUACUGUUAAGCUGCUGAACCAGCAGUACCAGGUGGUGAGUCACUGGGAUGCGACUUAUUAUAUAGGGGACAUGUGUCAGAUCACACCCAGUGAGGUUGCAGUGGCCAUGAAUAAGAAUGCUAGUAACAUUCAUGAGGUCCAGUUUAUAUCAGUCACCCAGAGCCAGCUCGCUCCAGGUAGAAAGCUUGAGUUACAACAUACAUGUAGAGGUAUCGCCCACCAUCAGGGAGACCUGUAUAUCUGCUCCCGUACUGCCCUGUACAAGUACACAUUGAGUGGCAAAAAGGUCUGCAGACUCUAUGAAGAUAAAUCAGUAUACAAGUGUGCUGUGAGUCCCACAGGGGACAGGCUGUACAUCACCAACCACUGGCAGGACAAGCUUCUCACCCUGGCCAGGGAUGGCACACUCCUGGCUAUAUACACAGACCCAGCACGAGAGUGGCCAACUGGUCUACAUGUGACCCCUGCAGGCCAGGUGCUGGUCUGUGUAGGCUGGCCCCACACUGUACUACAGGUGGGCUGGGAGGGAAAGAGUAAGCUGGCUACGCUGGCUACUCAGAAGGAUGGAUUGAGGAGCCCACGGUCAGUCUGCUACAGCAGCACCACAUCAUCCAUCAUUGUGGGACAGUCUUUGGACAACAUCCUGGUGUUCAGAGUGGAAUAGUGUGUACAUUCGCUGCUGAGUCAGGACAAGGAUGCUGAGGAUGUGGUGGACAAGGAUGACCUGACUACGCAAAAGGACAGCACCACCAUUGAUAUCGAGUUGGCCCAGCAACAGCACCAGUCCGGCCUGCAGGAGCCCCAGUCCAGGACGACCCAUCCACUCCCCUGACCCAUAACUCAUCAUACUUGAUAUUCGAAAAAAUGGGGCCUUAUGCAUGUGCUUAAAUUGUUAUCACAGAUAAGCCUAUGCAGUUUGCACAGGCUAAUAAUGGACAACAUUUUUCUCUUUAAGCAGAGCACCAGCAUUGAUAUCGAGUUGGCCCAGCAACCGCACCAGUCCCGCCUGCUGAAGCCCCAGUCCAGAACGACCCUUCCCCUCCCUUGACUUCUAACUCCUCCGCCUUGACCGCCUGCCUCAAAAAGUCAGCAUCAUUGAACAACUCCGUUGUGCAGGAAAUUCUUAGCAUGAUUCUGUUCUGAACAAACGCAAUGCCAACGUCAAGUUGUCCACACAUAAGCCUGGGUAGUUUUGUUAAGCUAGAGUUCCCCGUGGGCCUGAGAGGGACGAGUGUUACAGACACGAAAAGUUAUAGCAGUAGUUAUGGUAACGUUAACAGUCAGUUGUUGCUGUUGGACAUCACAACAAAUAUCAUGAAGAAUAAAAAUUUCAAUAAGUUGUUCCAAUCUUUAUGGGACAAACAGAAAUUGAACGGAAGAAAAUCAAGGAACAAUAAAAGCGUAAGCUUUCCUAGUGGGAUCCAUCUGCUGUUGAUAGUUUGAACAAUUGUAGGGUAACGGACUGCCCCAGAUUGUCCUCUCAGCGGCCUGAAUAUCAUAAUAGAACGGACUUUUGGCAAUAUUUCUGACAAAGAAAGGCAACUUGGUUGUGAAUACCCAGAGCACGAUACAUCCAUGCUGACAAAGAAAGGCGGUAAUGACUUGGUUGUGAACACCCAGAGCGCGAUACAUCAAUGCUGACACAGUAAGGCAGUAAUGACUUGGUUGUGAACACCCAGAGCACAAUACAUCCGUGCUGACACAGAAAGGCAGUCAUGACUUGGUUGUGAACACCCAGAGCACAAUACAUACAUGCUGACACAGAAAGGAAGGAAUGACUUGGCUGUGAACACAGAACACGAUACACCCAUGCUGACACAGAAAGGCAGUAAUGACUUGACUGUGAAAACAGAGCACAAUACAUCCAUGCUGAAACAGAAUGGCAGUCAUGACUAUGCUGUGAACACCCAGAGCACGAUAUAUCCAUGCUGACACAGAAAGGCAGUAAUGACUAUGCUGUGAAAACCCACAGAAAGAUAUAUCCAUGCUGACACAGAAAGGCAGUAAUGACUUGGUUUUGAACAACCAGAGCAAGUUAUAUCCAUGCUGACACAGAAAGGCAGUUAUGACUUGGCUGUGAACACAGAACACAAUACACCCAUGCUGUGAACACAGAGCACAAUACAUACAUGCUGACACAGAAAGGCAGUAAUGACUUGACUGUGAGCACAGAACACCAUACAUCCAUGCUGAUACAGAAACACAGUUAUGACUUAGUUGUGAACACAGAGCACAAUACAUCCUUGUUGACACAGAAAGGCAGUAAUGACUUGGCUGUGAACACAGAGCACAAUACAUCCAUGCUGACACAGAAAGGCAGUUAUGACUUGGUUGUGAACACAGAGCACAAUACAUCCUUGUUGACAAGGAAAGGCAGUAAUGACUUUGCCGUGAACUGAGAGCACGAUACAUCCAUGCUGACACAGAAAGGCAGUAAUGACUUGGAUGUAAACACCCAGAGCACAAUAUAUCCAUGCUGGCACAGAAAGGCAGUAAUGACUAUGCUGUGAACACCCAGAGCACAAUACAUCCAUGCUGAAACAGAAAGGCAGUAAUGACUUGGUUGUGAACACAGAGCACAAUACAUCCUUGUUGACACAGAAAGGCAGUAAAGACUUUGUUAUAAACACUAAGAUAUCCAUACAUCCAUGGGGUGUGCCACAGACGCAAAUUACGCCCACCAUUUUGAACAAGGUGCUUAAAGUGAACACGUCUGGUUUUGCUAUGAGCACUUAGCACUCCGAGUUCAAAAGGCCUCACAUUGAAUUGAUGCAAGAGAAGGCUUUGAAAAAUAACAGCAGUUUUGUUGUGUGGUCCAGUACGCCCCCCGACUCAAUACCUGAAGAAAGCAGAACUCAAACUUGUCUCUUAGCAAUAUCAGCAAGGCCAGCAUGUCAUCUCAGCUUCUAGAGCUUCAGUGAACUUUACUAGCAAACAUGACUAACGUCAUUGAAGUGAAAGUCGAUGACAACCCCCUUCUUGCACAAAUACUACAACUCGCUUAAGAAAUUCAGCACAACGAUGUCUUGCGUCAGACUACCAAGCCUCCUAUCAAUGUCUCCUCCCAUGUUGGCUUCAGCAACACUUCCAACAGCAGAGCCUUGGUGAGUUCGACUUCCGUCUCAGCAUCGAUGUCGCUUAGCAACAAUUGGAUGAUGGGCGUCGACAAAUUAGGCCGGACAAGUUGCUCAAACUGAAAUGAUCUGAUCCAACAGGUAGAGCAGGCAUUGCGUGACACGUCCGUUAGUGUGACUGACCUCAAUAUGUUGUUCUUGAAUAAUGUGAACCUUAGGCCUGGAGAGCAGUAUGCGAUUGACGCCAUUCAACAACAGUUGUUGUUGGCAAUUCUCGGGUUUGGGGUGGCGACUUCGGCGUCAGGACUCGCUCCAUUUCUGUCCAUGGCCCAGUCGCAACAGCAGCAGCAACUGCAGCAGCAACAAGAAAAAUAAGUAGUAUCUUAGGGGUGUUCUGGGAUAUGGGGCUUUAUGUAUGUGCUUAAAUUGUCAUCCCAGAUUAGCUUGUGCAGACUACACCUACAUAAAGUCCUAUUAAAGUGUCAUCCCAGAAUAGCCAGUGCAGACUUCACAUACAUCAAGUCCUAUUAAAUUGUCACCCCAGAUUAGCCUGUGCAGACUGCACACACAUUCAGUCCUAUUAAAGUGUCAUCCCAGAUUAGCCUGUGCAGACUGCACAUGCAUAAUGUCCUAUUAAAGUGUCAUCCCAGAUUAGCCUGUGCAGACUGCACAUACAUCAAGUCCUAUUAAAGUGUCAUCCCUGAUUAGCCUGUGCAGACUGCACAUACAUUAAGUCCUAUUAAAGUGUCAUCCCAGAUUAGCCUGUGCAGACUGCACAUACAUUCAGUCCUAUUAAAGUGUCAUCCCAGAUUAGCCUGUGCAAACUGCACAUACAUUACGACCUAUUAAAGUGUCAUCCCAGAUUAGCCUGUGCAGACUGCACAUACAUUAAGUCCUAUUAAAGUGUCAUCCCAGAAUAUCCUGUGCAGACUGCACAUACAUUCAGUCCUAUUAAAGUGUCAUCCCAGAUUAGCCUGUGCAGACUGCAAAUGCAUAAUGUCCUAUUAAAGUGUCAUCCCAGAUUAGCCUGUGCAGACUGCACAUACAUCAAGUCCUAUUAAAGUGUCAUCCCUGAUUAGCCUGUGCAGACUGCACAUACAUUCAGUCCUAUUAAAGUGUCAUCCCAGAUUAGCCUGUGCAGACUGCACAUACAUUCAGUCCUAUUAAAGUGUCAUCCCAGAUUAGCCUGUGCAAACUGCACAUACAUUACGACCUAUUAAAGUGUCAUCCCAGAUUAGCCUGUGCAGACUGCACAUACAUUAAGUCCUAUUAAAGUGUCAUCCCAGAAUAUCCUGUGCAGACUGCACAUACAUUAAGUCCUAUUAAAGUGUCAUCUCAGAUUAGCCUGUGCAGACUGCACAUACAUUAAGUCCUAUUAAAGUGUCAUCCCAGAAUAUCCUGUGCAGACUGCACAUACAUCAAGCCCUAUUAAAGUGUCAUUCCAGAUUAGCCUGUGCAGACUGCACAUACAUUGAGUCCUAUAUAAGUGUCAUCCCAGAUUAGCCUGUGCAGACUGCACAUACAUUCAGUCCUAUUAAAGUGUCAUCCCAGAUUAGCCUGUGCAAACUGCACAUACAUUAAGUCCUAUUAAAGUGUCAUCCCUGAUUAGCCUGUGCAGACUGCACAUAUAUUAAGUCCUAUUAAAGUGUCAUCCCAGAUUAGCCUGUGCAGACUGCACAUACAUUAAGCCCUAUUAAAGUGUCAUCCCAGAUUAGCCUGUGCAGCCUGCGCAUACAUUAAGUCCUAUUUAUCUGAGAAUGAGGCUCAUAUAGUUCACUUAACGUCAGUCCUUUUUCUGGCUGAUUAAGGAAAAGUUCCUAGCAUAAAAUGUGAAUUCUUUGAUUUUAAAUUUAUCAAACUUGGUAAAUAAAUAGCAAAUAAAAGUUAAUCUGAUAUCAGUUUUAAUCAUAGGUCAGGGCAUAGUUGUGCCCAUUUUUCUGCUGAAAUUUAGCCCUUGAACAACAGUUUCUGCUUGCAAUAAAUAAAUCCACUUUAAUUAUUAAAUUCUAUUAAAUUUAAGUAAAACAAUUAUUUAAUGCCUUCAGCACAUUAUAAAAUUAUUAUCUUCAUUUAUUUUCAAUGUUUAUUUUAAUUGCCAAAUUUUGUUUAAGAGCUAGUUCCUAGCAAUCAUAGGUCGGUACCCUGCUGAAAAACAUGAUCUCUGGUCAGCUGGGCCCAGAUGCCCAGCAACACUUCCUAGCCCAGGACCUUGGGGCAAAUGCUCAACAUGUCCUAUCUGCAUGGUGAAGCCAGUCUAAUUCUUGGGCUCCAAACUCUCCUGCUGUGGGGCCGAGAUUACCUCAUCCAUAAGAGGGCUUAUACUCAGAAGUUCAGGCCCAGAGAACGGUGUUCCCCAACUACAACACAACCAGUACGUCUCAAUAGAGGACACCCUUCCUGAAAACCUCGCUGGGUGCGACUGCGCCAUAUGUGACCCUUCAGUGAAAUGAGAUUCCAGGCGGAAUGUCAAACCGGUACUACUCCGGUCUCCAGCAAUAGCCUCAGCCUUGGACGCAGUUUUUGGAGAGGCUUAUCGUGUUAAGUGUUUGGCAGUACCAAGCCUAGUCGACGCAGCAGCAAAAACAACAGUAGCAGUCUAGUCAAGGGUCACCCCACAACGUUGAGUGCCUAGCGAUGAAAUCAUCCACCGUUACAUGUAGUUGAAAACCUGGGUAGCAGAGCAAUGAGUAUGUCCCAGGAGCAUUUGCAGUCAUCGUCUCCAGAUUAUGAGAUUCCCAUGCUCCACAACCCUCAGUCUAUGAACAUCAUGCAGAGCGAACCUAGGACGUCCCUUGACGAAAUCAAACCGGCAAAUCAGAAGGACAGCCUGUUGCUACCGUCGUUAUCAUAUUAACCCCAUACCGAAGAAGCUCAGAGAUAUAAAUGCUGUUUAAGAUGUGCUAGUCUCUGCAUACCCCAUGUCUGGUGUGAACAUGUACAAUUGAAGGUCUCUACAUACCCCAUGUCUGGUGUGAACAUGUACAAUUGAAGGUCUCUGCAUACUCCAUGUCUGGUGUGAACAUGUACAAUUGAAGGUCUCUACAUACCCCAUGUCUGGUGUGAACAUGUACAAUUGAAUGUCUCUCUAUAUACCUCAUGUCUGGUGUGAACAUGUACAAUUGAAGGUCUCUACAUACCACAUGUCUGGUGUGAACAUGUACAAUUAAAGGUCUCUACGUACCCCAUGUCCGGUGUGAACAUGUACAAUUGAAGGUCUCUACAUACCCCAUGUCUGGUGUGAACAUGUACAAUUGAAGGUCUCUACAUACCCCAUGUCUGGUGUGAGCAUGUACAAUUGAAGGUAUGUACAUACCCCGUGUCCGGUGUGAACAUGUACAAUUGAAGGUCUCAUUUUUGAAAUUGGGACAGGUGGAAAAUUAAUGAAUUGAUGCAGACAGAAGUCGCAUAAUGACAAAUCACAACAAAAAGUGGAAAUCCAGACAGUCUUGUGGCCAGCCAUGUUCUUAUGUGACCAUCCAAGUUGUGUUCAAAGAAAACAAUAGUUCAUGUUUUAUUGGAACUAUGAUGCUGAUAGUCAUUUUAUGUAAAAUGCUUUUAUGAACUAUAUUUAAAUACUCAGUAUAAUAAGAUUAAGAUUACGUGAUAAAAGCAAUAAUGAACAAUAUAAUUUUAAUAGCAAAAUUAGCAAAUCUAUCCAAUUACAUUGUCUGUAUUAUGAAAUUUUAUUUUGGAAAUGUUAAGGAAAAUAUAAUGUUUCUAAAUAUAUGUCUAUGAAUAUUGAUUUUAACAUUUGUCAAAGCUGUUUAAAUGAUGCUGGUAACUUUGACAAAAUUAAAAGAAAAUGUAUUCUUUUCAUGUAAUGAGACAUGCUUCAGUUUUUUUGGGCUUAACAUGUAAUAUAAAGGUGGUAGUUACACACAUUGUUUAGACAGGUGGAUAAUUUUAAUGCUUAGGCUUUGAUACUCUUAAGUGUGCCCAUUGGUGUCAGGUGUUUUUGUCAAGCAUCUUGUUUAUUAUCUUAGUAUUUGAAGACAAUAUUGAUUAGUUUUAGACAAAAUCAUUUAAUCUUCCUUAAAUUGUCUAUUCGGUUUUUACUACCAGUCAUUUAUUAAUUUGUUUGAACAUGAUUUAAGAAUGACUUUUUUGUUGCUUAAAUGCUUUAUAUGUUUUAAAACUGAGCAUUUAAAAACGAAAAUAUAAGAUGUGGGAAUAAUGUCUAAAGUUAUGAUAAUUAUUUUUUGUUUUUGUAAAGUUUAUUAUGCUUUAUAUGUUUGUGUAUAGACAUUUAGACGACCAGAUUAACCUGACCAAGAAUUCUUGAUCAAUGUGUAUAUCGGUCACUCCAUUAGUCAUUUGUAUAUAGAGCGAUUGCGAAAUGAUUGUAUUGUUAAUGAAAAUCAUGCGUUUAUUGUUGCCAUUUUGAUUUUCGCUGUUAACAUGUAUUUGUACAAACAAUUUUCAUCAUGAACAUCUUUUAGAUGCCAGAUAAUAAAAACAAACAUUGCUUGUGGGAAUGCUCAUUUAAAACUUUCUUAAUGAUACAGAACAACACAUUCUGAAGAGGCAAAUAUCCUUUAGACAAUAGGAAUAUCUUGUUACUAGUAUAUGUAAUGCCUUUCACUAAAUAAAGUCAAGCAACUAUUGAAAGAUUGGUUUAACUUUGUUUUGCAUUAUCUUAAGAGAAAUUAAUAUAUUCAACUUGGAAAUCAGUCAAUUGCAAAUCAAGCGAGAGUGAUGAAUAUUUGUACGCAAGAUAGAGGGAUGUUUUUGCUUGAAAAAAGUUGUAUCUCUUGUUAGAUAAUAAUGUUGUUCAUCUCUCAACAUUACAAGUGCAUUAAUAGAGCUAUUAAAAAUAUGACACACUUAAUACUCAGCCAUCAGUUUGUAUUGGGGUUUUGUGGAAUACUUACUAAACUAUUAUACGUCUGUUCAAUGAAUUAAUAGUUAUGGUACAAUAUGAUACUCAUUGUUAAAAAACACGUGUAAUAAAAAUAUAAUGGCAUUUAUUUGAAAUCAUAAAAUUUAGUUUUCCAUACAAUGCUUACAGUUUUGCAAUUGCGACGAUAAAGGAAAUGUUCUGCUCAAAAUGUCUGUUCAAGACAUGUGCAUAUUGUAGCAAUCAUAUUGUACUUGUAUUUAUAUUAUACAUGAUAAGAAUUGACUUAUGGCUGAUGAUAGCGGCAGUUUACUAUUUGUGUUACAGUUUGUUCCACUCGACCAUUAGACCAUAUUUCCUUAAAUAUGUGAUUGUUUAUAAUGAACUGUAAUUGAAUGCAUGCAACAUUGUUGUUCUGUUGCUUAACAGCUGAAAAUAACAUAGAAAAUAAAAUUACAUUUUGUGUUAAUUUAAAUGCAUAUCAAACAAUUGUUACCAUACAAGCAUAUUUGUAUUUAACUUGAUUUAUACUUUAAGAUGCAGUUUUUACAAUAAUGUGUAAAUAUUUUCAUCUUUUCUAAAUGAACAUUUUGCAUUCGUAAAUAUAGGGUUUAUAUAAACUUUAUAGAAACUUAUUAAAUGCUUUAUAUAAAUUGAUUGUGUACCUCAUAUUGAUUAAAGACUCUCUUAUUUAUUGCACAGUUGUGUGUGCAUAUGUCUGACUUGUGUCUUCAUAGUCCUUAAAGUUAAAUUACUGUAAAUACUAUUUUAAUGAUGUUAAAAUAUUUAUCUAAACUAUAACCAGGUUAUCUGUUAAAUUAAGUUUCAUACAUUUCCAUUGUCUAGCUAAAUAAUUAUGCCCCCCUUCGAAGAAGAGGGGGUAUAUUGCUUUGCACAUGUCUGUCGGUCGGUCCGUCCACCAGGUGGUUUCCGGAUGAAAACUCAAGAACGCUUAGGCCUAGGAUCAUGAAACUUCAUAGGUACAUUGAUCAUGACUCGCAGAUGACCCAUAUUGAUUUUGAGGUCACUAGAUUAAAGGUCAAGGUCACCGUGACCCGAAAUAGUGAAAUGGUUUCCGGAUGAUAACUCAAGAACUCUUAUGCCUAGGAUCAUGAAACCUCAUAGGUACAUUGAUCAUGACUUGCAGAUGACCCUUAUUGAUUUUCAGGUCACUAGGUCAAAGGUCAAGGUCACGGUGACUCGCAAUAGUAAAAUAGUUUCCGGAUGAUAACUCAAGAACGCUUAGGCCUAGGAUCAUGAAACUUAAUAGGUACAUUGAUCAUGACUGGAAGAUGACCCCUAUUGAUUUUCAGGUCACUAGGUCAAAGGUCAAGGUCACAGUGACCCGAAAUCGUAAAAUUGUUUCCGGAUGAUAACUCAAGAACGCUUAUGGCUACGAUCAUGAAACUUCAUAGGUAGAUUGAUCAUGACUCGCAGAUGACCCCUAUUGAUUUUCAGGUCACUAGGUCAAAGGUCUAGGUCACGGUGACCCGAAAUAGUAAAAUGGUUUCCGGAUGAUAACUCAAGAACACUUAUGGCUAGGAUCAUGAAACUUCAUAGGUACAUGGAUCAUGACUCACAAAUGAUCCCUAUUGAUUAUCAGGUCACUAGGUCAAGGUCACAGUGACAAUAAACAUAUUCACACAAUGGCUGUCACUACAACCGAGAGCCCAUAUGGGGGGCAUGCAUGUUGUACAAACAGCCCUUAAAUGUUAAAUUGAAGUGUUUAUAUUCUCGCCUACAUGUAGUGUAUGGUUUAGACAAAGCACAUUACACAACUUAUGUUGUUUUAUCCAUCAAUACUAACCAGUGUUUAGUCCGUAGAGGUUAAAGUAUACUAAACAUUUCGGUUGUGCAAUGCUAUGCUCUCUAAAUAAAUCAACAGCAUUUAUUGAUUUUCUAUGUGGGCACUUAAAUUCUCAUGACUUUAUUUGUGAAUAUUUCUUUGAAUGUGCGGUAGGAAAAACAUUGUUUGCUUGAAGGUUUAGAAACUUAAUGUUGACAUCUUGAACGAUGGCAGAAAACAUUUAACUGCAGAGUAGCUGUGAAAAGAUGUAUGUUUAAUAAUGUAAGAAAGAACGCCACGCAAGAUAUGUCAUGCAUUCGAUAUGCAUGAAAUAUCUUUUUUAAUUAAUUUGGAUCGGAAUUAUCUUUUAGAAAUGGUAUGGUUAUGAUGGUCUCUAUGUGCAAAAUGUUGUGUACAAGUUAUUGCUUAAACAUUGAAUUUGUUAUGGAAAUAAUAUAGUUUAUGUGACUCAAAGAGAUAUACAUGUUUAUGUUAGUGAUGUUUUUUUGCUGAUCCAAGUCUGUUCCUGCACACUAUUUAAAGUAGAUAACUACAAGUUAUCUCAUUUAAAUGGGAAUAGUAUUGUACUGUGGAAAAGUGUUGCGAGUUCAAAUAAAAAUACUAUGAACC